CACUCACCAUUGCAAGAAAGUUGCCGACAAGGACAAUGCUUCUUCUGCUGCCCAAGUCAUGAGCGGUCCCCGUCACAACGGAAAAACCGAAGGAUUCAAGUGUUUAGAUGUUGCAUUGAGAAAACAACCACGGACAUCGAAACACAGCAGAAGAUGGAUUGGAGUCUCCCUGUGUAGAUCCAUGAUGGCCGUCGUCUUGACCACAGCAGCUGAAGGCCCCCUCCAAGCCCAUGUAUGUACGUUGUUAUGGCAACAAUAGAUGGAAACACGGACGUUGAGACCCUGUUGGCUGCGAUCCACCUGGAGCGAUACCUGAAGACCUUCCGCCAGUCUGGCUUCCUCUUGGCCAGGGACCUCAGCCACCUAGACAAUGGAGCUCUUAUCCAGCUGGGUGUAACUGCCACCGGACACAGGAAGAGAAUACUGAGGCUUGUCCAGCACAUUCAGAGGGCUACCAAUCAGAAUCAGUUGACAUCAGAGCCCUUGGAGCCCUUAUUGGACCGUUGUCAGUCUGAGUCUGACAUUAAUUCCACACCCAUCCAAUCAGGAGGGCCGAGGUCUGACCAAGGGGGCGGAACUGGGGCCAUUCCGUUUGAAGCGUUCCGGAAUAAUUCUGUUCCUAACAUUCCAUCCAUGUUGAUGAACUCCGGGUCAGAACAGCAGCAACAGUACAAUGGGAAUGUUGUCAUAAAACCGGUUCCAAAACCUAGAACAGUGUUUUACAGACACAAAACAGAACCCGCCCGGUUUCUCUCCUGUCCUAUACCACCGACAUCACCAGAUCCUCAUGUUCUGACCCUAACCAGGAAACCGUCUCAGGAAUCUCUCUGUUUCACCAUAUUGGAAGGUUUGGCUUCAGGUGAAUUUAACACUGACACAGUGAUGGUGGGGCCUACCCCUAACCCUGCCCCUACCCCUACCCUGAGACACAGCCUAAGCCUGAGAGAGAGGAGGCUGAGUAACUCUUCAGACUCUGGAGGUCCCCAGCCCCCUGUUCCCCCUCGGCUGAACCGAGGUACCCCUCCAGCCAUGUUUAGUGGACCUACAUCCACACCACCGUCAUCUGGUGGAAGGACUGAACAAAACCAGGACCAGUGCAUGACAACCCCACCUCCCUCAUCCUCCUAUGAUAACACUGGAUUCCCCUCUCUGGCUACUUCCCCUCCUGGCUCCCCGAUGGAGAUGGUCUCCAAUGAGAUCUACUGUGGCACUAAACCUGGCACGGCAGCUAGUAGUGGACGGAUUCCCUGCAACGCUCCUCAAACACCACCACGGCCAGAGAUCCACACCUCUCCUGAAGGAAAUGGCACUUUAAAUAACAACUCUCGUGAAUCGUCCCAAGGAGUCCCCAUGGAGGACCCAGAGGAGGAGAUCAGUCCCUACUGUGAAACAGUCUUCCAGACCAGACGACCACUGCAGCACUCUGAGGCGGAAAGGACCAGAUGUGAAGGAAAGACAGGAAUGACAAGAGCGGUGGAAGAGAAACACGGAGAGGAUCAUGGGACACCCAAACUCUCCUGGGCCAAACGUCUGUCCCACGCCCUCCACAGUGAGUCCCAGGGCUACAGCACAGUAGGAGAGGCAGCACCACCCCCUCUCUGCCUCUCCUUACCCCCCAACCUGUACCCCUCGGAGCCAGAUGAGGACCAGACGAUAUCCCCCUACGCCAGCUACACCUCUCUCUCUGAGCAGACUGAACCCAUCAUCUGUGGCUGGCUGGACAAGCUAUCACCACAAGGGAACUAUGUAUUCCAGAAACGCUAUGUGAAGUUUGAUGGCAAAAAUCUGCUGUACUUCGGCAGUGAAAAGGACCCGUACCCCAAAGGAGUGAUCCCUCUGGCUGCGAUACAGAUGGCCCGCAUGGCCAAAGACAAUAAAUUUGAGAUAGUGACAAGUCACAGGACGUUUGUCUUCCGGGCUGAUAACGAAGUGCAGAGACAUCAGUGGUGCAGUACCCUACAGGGGAGGGUGAAGGAACAGCUUGUGUUCGGGCGCCCUCGCUUCGGUCCUGGCAGCCACUGUCAGAGGAGUGGUCCUCUGGAGCUCAAAGGGACCAAGUCAAAAGUCUACGUGGCCAUCAACACAGAGCAGGUCUGGCUGUACAAGACUGAGCAGUGUUUUAGGAAUGGGAUUGGAAUCACGCUGAUCGAGGCCAGAGGAGCUACGAUCAGAGACGCCAAAGGAAAGAGCUUUGACCUCAUCACACCUUACAAAACAUUCAGUUUCACAGCUGAGUCUGAGCGGGAUAAGAGGGACUGGAUGGAGGCUGUACAGGAGUCCAUAGCAGAGACCCUGUCUGACUACGAGGUGGCUGAGAAGAUCUGGUCCAACAGGUUCAAUAAGCUCUGUGCUGACUGCCAAGCAGUCAACCCUGACUGGGCCUCCAUUAACCUCUGUGUUGUCAUCUGUAAGAACUGUGCAGGUCAACACAGAGGUCUGGGGACUAUGGUGUCUAAAGUACAGAGCCUGAAACUGGACACCAGCGUGUGGAGUAAUGAGAUCGUGCAGCUCUUCAUAAUGUUGGGGAACGACCGAGCCAAUGAGUUCUGGGCGGCCAGGUUAUCUCCAGCUGACGAGUUAUGCCAUGACGCCACACCGGACCAGCGGAGAGAGUUUAUCAUCCAUAAGUACCGUGAGGGGCGCUACCGACACCCCCACCCCAACUUCAACACACAGGAGGAGCUGCUCAAGGUUCUGUGUACUGCUGUGACCGAGCAGAACCUGCUGAAGACAGUCACCCAGAUAUUUACCGAGGCAGAGGCUGUCCGAGCCCGCCUCGCUGCCUCUAAUGGAUAUGACAAGCAUGUGUCUCAGGAAUACUCCCUCCCGCAAGGCACCUCAGACCCCGGUGUGUAUGAUGAGAUUAUGCAGGCCGUGCUGCACUCCGGCUACCUCUACAAGUCAGCCUCAAUGAACAAAGGGACAUUAUCCAGGAAAACCAGAGAAGAUUUCCAGAAGUACUGGUGCACGGUAGAGAGGUCUCUUCUGUUCUACGAGUCUGACCGAUGUCCUGAUCCAAGCAUGAAGAUCAACGUCAAAGACAUCGUCUGUCUGGGGGUCAGCAGGCCGGACUCCUGCAACAACAACGGCUUCAUUGACAGGUUUCUCUAUACGUUUCAACUGUACCUGUCCUCAGAGAAGCUCUAUCAGUUUGGAUUGGAAACUCCUGAUGCGCUGCAAUGUUGGGUCAAGGCCAUCGGAAAGGCCGCCACACCUUUAAGCUGCCACUGCCUGCUAGCGAGGGAGUUUGAGCGGGUGGGAGUGCUGCGUUACAAGGCCAUGCGAGACCCUUCUCAGUGGAAAGAGGGAUAUUUUGUCCUUCAGAAGUCUAACCUCUUCAUCUGCCCAGGGAACGACGGAGCAGCUGAGGACAUUAUCAACCUUAAACGUCUGCAAGAGCUCAGUAUAGUAACUGAGAACCAAAACCAUGAGAAGAAGGAAAUUCUGGUUUUGGUUGAAAAAGGAAGGACGCUACACCUCCAGGGGAUGGGUCGGUUAGACUUCUCCCUGUGGUACGCAGACAUCCAGAGAGCUGCUGGAGGGAAGGGCAACACCCUGAGAGAACAGCAGCUCAGCAGGAAUGAUAUCCCCAUCAUCGUAGACAGCUGCAUCGCCUUCAUCACACAGUAUGGUCUGGGUCACGAGGGGAUCUACAGGAAGAACGGAGCCGCGUCCAGGAUCAAACUACUGAUGGAGGAGUUCAGGAACGAUGCUCGUAACGUCAGGCUCCGGAUCGGGGAUAACUUCAUAGAGGAUGUGACUGACGUGCUGAAGAGGUUCUUCAGGGAGAUAGACGACCCCAUCUUCAUGGCUGACCUGCAUCAGCUAUGGAAAGAGGCUGUCAGAACAGCCAAGGAUAAGAACCAGCGUCUGGACAGAUACAAGGAGAUCAUCCGUAGUUUACCUAGAGUCAACAGGACUACCCUGGCUGCUCUCAUCAGCCAUCUCUACAGGGUUCAGAAGUGUUCUCUCUCUCUCUCUCUCUUGGGUUCAGACAACUACCUGUAUGUCUUUGAUGUGAGAGAACACGAAGUGAAGAUCGUUGAAGACCUCAUAGACAACUACCUGUAUAUCUUUGAUAUUGAUGAGGAGCAACAGACCCAGAUAGAACUGGAGCUCAGCCUCAUCACCACCUGGAAGGACACACAGCUGUCCCAAGCAGGUGACCUGAUCAUUGAAGUGUACCUGGAGAAGAAGAUGGCAGACUGCUGCAUCACACUCAAGGUAUCUCCAACCAUGGGUGCUGAGGAGUUGACUAACCAGGUCCUGUACAUGAGGAACAUCCCAGCAGGGGAGAAGGACGUGUGGCUGACGUUCGAGACCAUAGAGGAAGGACAACUGGAGCGGCCCCUACACCCCAAAGAGAAGGUGCUGGAGCAGGCUCUACAGUGGUGUAAAAUGGCUGAUCCUAGUUCAGCUUACCUGGUGGUGAAGAGAGUUCCCAAAGGAGAGGGCAUCAACAUCCUCACUGCCUACAAGAGUGAGAUAAUGAAGAUGGGAGUUCUGAAGUGUCGUGAAGAGCCUCCCAAACUCCUCCACGGAAAAGUCUUUCAGGAACACACCUUUCAGAUCAAAGACCACAAGCUGCUACUGCUGAAGGACAAAAAGAGCAUCAAGCCGGAAAAGGAAUGGCCUCUGAAAUCUAUGAAGAUCUACAUGGGAAUUCGAAAGAAGCUGAAACCCCCCACUAGAUGGGGCUUUACUCUCAUGAUGGAAAAACAGCAACUGUACCUUUGUUGCUUUUGUGAGUCUGACCUAUGGGAUUGGGUCACCAAUUUCCUCAAAGCACAGAAUGAUGACCCCCGACCUCCGGUGUUGAGGCGUCACUCCUCCUCAGACAUCUCCAAACAGAAGUUUGGGACCAUGCCCCUAGUACCAAUCAGAGGGGACGGACAUGAGAGCAACUCUACCAUGCUGUCAGCCAAUCAGACUCUGCGAAAGCUUCACGCUAGAAGGACUCUCUCCAUGUUCUUUCCCAUGAAGGUGCAGCAGGACUCCUUCGAGGAGCAUCCAGAACCAGAACCCCCAGAGCCUCUGUAUGAGGAAGUAGGAGACUUCGGCCUGCAGGUCCUCAAGUCCCUGGAGACCAGCUUCCUCUCCAACAACACCUCAGAGACCCAGGAGGUCCCUGACGGGCCCCUGAGCCUCAUCCUGGGCCCUCGGAAGACGGGCUCCCUGGACCGCAUGAUCGGCCCCAACCCGGUUCACUCUCUGGGACUGGGAGGAGAGGGUCUGCUGCCCCCUGCUGGUUCUCUGGAUACCCUGGUCCUGGGUGAAAGAGAGAACCUCCAGGAGUCUAAUCAGCCAGUGCCGAGGAGGAGGAGGCAGCAGCACAGGCCCUGUACCCCCUCUCAGGAGCUGCUCCUCCAGGAACUAUCCUCAGUCUUCACCAAGAAGACAGAGAAUGAGGAGAAACCACCAGGAGAGAAGAACGUCAUCUGAGGAGAAGAAGAGAUGUGUGCACUUGUAUUGUAGACUCAGGCCAGACAGACAGAAGACUGUAACAGCAUGGGAGUACGGACACAACCCAUUUGUUUGGGUGGUGUGUCAAAAAUACAUAAUCAGAUAGGAAUAACCAUUUACUUGUUUUAUCCUACAAACUAGUACUGUUCUAUCACUGGUAUGUACAGAUCCGUUUUAUAUUGAAAGAUGCCUUUUUGGAUUAUAACAUCCUUGCUAAUUGCUUAAGCUAUGAACUGUGGGGGAUGCCUUUUUUCAUAGUUUACUAAACCUCUUGAGUGAGAAGAGAAAUGGAUGCUUCUCUCAUGUCUGGUGGUGAUGCAUUAGGCAUUACACUGUUUUUGUUUUGUUUUAAACAACUGGAUUUUAAAUUGAAAUGUGUUAGUCUCUUAAUGUAUUAAUUUAUUUUCAAGAAUAUUUUAUCAACUUUGUUUUUAUUAUUAUUUUUUAAAUAAAAGCUGUGAAAGUAACAAAAGCAGAGUUUUGCUUCAAGACAGCCCCAGAUAUUCCAGAGUGUUGUGACACUGUCUGGCCAGAAGGUGGCAGUAUGCCACACUGUCUGGCCAGAAGGUGGCAGUAUGCCACACUGUCUUUUAGAUAGUACAAAUGGAUUCUGAGUAUUAUUUACACCACUGUAUGAUGUGAAUACAGCCAAAUAUAAUGAUUGUUAGUGGCACUACAUUUUAAUAUUCUUCAUGUUUGCACUACUAAGUCUUGCUUUUACGUUAAUAUGCCAUGUUCAAGAUAUCCUCCCUUUUUCAUCAAUCUAAAUAGACAAUAAGAUAUUACAAUUUGACUGCCUUUGCCAAGUGUCUAUAAUGUGUUGUAAUGCAUUUUGCUUGCAUUGUCCUCCAUUUGUUUUAUUCUUACUGUAAAUAUUGUACAUUAUUCUGUGUGCUUAUACACUUUCAAUAUUCAUGAUGCAGUAUUUCACUUUGUUGUCGCUACAUGAAGGUCUAUAUUAAAUAUGAUAUUUUUAGUUUUA